AUGCAUAGUGACCGGAAAUAUUUCCCUCAAAAUCCCAUCCUUCCUCUUCCUGAUCAAGUGGGUAAUUACUGCAUGAGCAAGACUCCUAUUGCAUCCAUCUUUGGUGGAACAAUUCUACCCUCGGGUAUAAAACCUUCUAUGCCCUUACAUGGUGUUGACUUUCAGACCUCUGAAGCAUGCCCGAGGAAUUUUAUAGUCUUUGACCAAACAAAUAAUAGAAGCCAAAUAUUGUUCCAUCCCGAGAUUGAUUCUAAGUUUCCUCAUUUUGAUUUUGGUGGUGUUGGUGUGUCUAAUUACCUAGACAACAUUGGUUGGAAGGAUAAGAAAGAAGAUGAAGAAAUAACUUCUUUUAAAGAAGAUUCUGAUGAUAUUGAUGCGCUGUUGAGCACAGAAUAUGAAGAAACUGAAGAAUACGAAGAUGAUGAGGUGAGCACAGCUCGAAUGGAUGCAAACUAUGAGAGUGAUUCUUCAGAUUCAUGUUCUAAUUAUGAAUCUCUGUCUAGAAAGAGGAGGUCACCUCCUUCUGAGAAGUCUUCUAAUGACAAGAAUCAGAAGAUGAGGAAAAUGGUGAAUGCAUUAAGAAGUAUUGUUCCCGGUGCCAACCAGAUGAGUACUGUAGCUGUUCUCGAUGAAGCUGUUAGGUACCUGAAGUCUCUCAGGGUUGAAGUGCAGGAAAUGGGAGUUGGAAAUUCAACGAAAUAUACUUGA